AUGGAUACGAAGAAAAAGAAGAGGAAGGUCUUGCUCAUGGGGAAGAGCGGAUCGGGCAAAUCCUCCAUGCGCUCGAUCAUAUUUAGCAAUUAUGUGGCCAAGGAUGUGAGGCGACUCGGCGCGACGAUUGAUGUCGAGCACAGCCAUGUGAAGUUCAUCGGGAAUCUGACGUUGAACCUUUGGGAUUGCGGAGGUCAAGAUGCAUUUAUGGAGAGCUAUGUCGCAAGCCAACGGCAGAAUAUCUUCUCUGACGUUGCCGUCCUCGUCUACGUUUUCGAUAUCGAAUCUCGCGAAGUCGAGCGCGACCUGGACACAUACAACGCUAUCAUCUGCGCGCUGCAGGAACAGAGCCCUAAUGCCUUCGUCUUCUGUUUGAUCCACAAGCUGGACCUGAUCCAGGCCGAGCACCGGCAGCGAAUCUGCGAAGAGCGCUCGGCACUGAUCCGCUCGCGCUCCGAGUCGUUCCAGAUCGACACGUUCGGCAGCAGCAUCUGGGACCAAUCGCUCUACAAGGCGUGGGCGGGCAUCGUGCACAAGCUGAUACCCAACCUGUCCUUCAUCGAACGGUUCCUGCACGUGUUUGCGGAAAAGAUCGAUGCGGAGGAGGUGGUUCUAUUCGAGCGCUCGACUUUUCUCACAAUCACAUCCGUCAAGUCGGAUGUGGGGAACAUCAACCCGAUCUUCGAUCGCCACGAACGAUUAUCAAACAUCAUGAAGGCCUUCAAGCACUGCGCGGCAAGGAAUACGCACACCACGCCCGGUUCCGCUAACCUGGUUGUCAUGCACACCAAGACCCCCCAGUUUAACGUGUUCCUAGGCAGGUUCACGGAUAAUACCUACAUCUUCGUUGUCACCCCGCCCGGUGAGGCUGCGUACAAUUGUGCGGUGCUGAAUACAAUGCUGGCGCGGGAAGGUUUUGCGAAAGCCGCGGCGGAAGGACAGGAUGCAUUCGCGUUGGCAUACGGCGACCCAACCGGCGAAGGCGCUCAGGAUGGGUCUGUUGCUGGGCCGGCCUAA